CGGCGGCGGAGGCGGAGGAGGAGGAAGAGAAGGCCGGUCUGCUGCUGCUGCUGCUGCUGCUGCUCCUUUGGCUGAGGCGGCUUGGUCCGGCUGGGCGGCUGGAAGGGAGGCCAUGCAGGCUCGCUACUCCGUGUCCAGCCCCAACUCGCUGGGAGUGGUGCCGUACCUCGGCGGCGAGCAGAGCUACUACCGGGCGGCGGCGGCGGCGGCGGCGGCCGGCGGGGGCUACGCGGCCAUGCCCGCGCCCAUCGGCAUGUACUCGCCGCACCCGGCGGCGGCGGCCCACGAGCAGUACUCGGGCGGCGGCGGCGGCGGCGGCAUGGGCAGGCCUUACGGGCCGUACCCGCCGCAGCCGCAGCCCAAGGACCUGGUGAAGCCGCCGUACAGCUACAUCGCGCUCAUCACCAUGGCCAUCCAGAACGCGCCGGACAAGAAGAUCACGCUCAACGGCAUCUACCAGUUCAUCAUGGAGCGCUUCCCCUUCUACCGGGACAACAAGCAGGGCUGGCAGAACUCCAUCCGCCACAACCUCUCGCUCAACGAGUGCUUCGUCAAGGUGCCCCGCGACGACAAGAAGCCCGGCAAGGGCAGCUACUGGACGCUGGACCCGGACUCCUACAACAUGUUCGAGAACGGCUCCUUCCUGCGGCGCCGGCGGCGCUUCAAGAAGAAAGACGCCGUCAAGGACAAGGAGGAGAAGGAGCGCCUCCACCUCAAGGAGCAGCCGCCGCGCCCGCCGCAGCCGCCGCCGCCGCCGCCGCCGGACGGGGGCCCGCCACCCGUGCGGCUGCAGGACAUCAAGACGGAGAACGGCUCCGCGUCGCCCCCGCAAGCGCCGUCCCCGCUGGGGGCGGCGCCCGUGCCCAAGAUCGAAAGCCCCGAGAGCUCCGGCGCAAGCAGCCUCUCCAGCGGCGCGGGUAGCCCUCACGGCAGCGGCGGCGGAGGCGGCCGGGCGCUCGGCUUGGAUCCUCCGGCAGCGGACGCCCAACAGCACCCGCACCACCACCCGCACCACCACCCGCACCAUCAUCCCCACCACCACCACCACCACCCUCACCUCCAUCAUCCCCCGCCGCACCACCACUCCGCAGGACCCCCCGGGGGCGGCGGCGGCUUCAGCGUGGACAACAUCAUCAUGACCUCGCUGCGCGCGUCGCCCCAGGGCGCCGCCGGAGAGCUCCUGGCCCUGCCGCCGCCCUCCGCCUCGUCGUCGUCGGCCUCGUCCACCACCUCCACGCCGCGGACAGCGCCGCCUCCGCCGCCGCCUUCGCUGGCCCUGAGCAGCUGCUACUCGCCGGCCGCGUCGCAGAGCUCGCUCUACAGCGCCCCCUGCAGCCAGGGCGCCAGCACGACGGGCAGCGGCGGCGGCGCGGGCGGCGGCGGCAGCUACCACUGCAACCUGCAAGCCAUGAGCCUCUACGCCGCCGCCGCCGCCGCCUCCGGAGUGAGUCUGAGUGGAAAGAAUUUAGAUGGCAAACUGUUCCCCUGA